AUGCCUACAUAUACGAAGUUUCUAAAGGAUAUGGUGACAAAGAAGAGAAGCACUGGUAAGUUUGCAAUGGUGGCUUUGACGCAAUGUGCAAAAUCUAUAAUCCCACCGAAAAUGCGUGACCCUGGAAGUUUCACUAUACCUUGCUCUGUUGGAGGGUUAUACAUCGGUCAAGAGUUAUGCAAUCUCGGGGCCAGCAUCAACUUGAUGUCCCUGCCAAUUUUCGAGCAGCUGAAUAUGGGGCAGCUUGCGCCCACGACGAUGACUCUCCAAUUAGCGGAUAGAUCUCUUGUGCAUCCAGAGGGGAAGAUGAAGGAUGUUCUAGUUACAAUCGACAAAUUUAUAUUACCAGCAGACUUCAUCAUCAUGAACUAUAAAUCAGACAAGGAGGUACUCAUCAUCUUGGGAUGA